GGGCUGGUGGGGGAGAAGUACGGCAGUAUCCGCGUGCCAGGGGAGGUGGAGGCUCCAGAGUUUGAGAUGAUCCUGGAUGCGGCGGUGGAAGCGGGGCUAGACACACACGUCCUGGAGGAGUGGUACUGCCGAGAUGAGAACGCCGUGCCGCCAGCCUACUACCUCAAAGCCAAAGCCCAGAUGUUGAAGAACUACCAAAACUCUGUAAGAUCUGAACCUUUCACGGCAUAUUCAACAGCAUUUAAGAAAUAUAUUAUGUUGGGGGAAAAUUAGCUAUGCUCAGACACAGUUGUUCUGGAAUGGCUGUGGCCAGGUUAUCUUGGAUCAAAGACUAAUUGAGUAGGUAGGUCUCACUGAGACUAACCCAAGAUACUGAAAUAUCCGUAUCAUUGUACAUUUUAGUCAUUUUAGCAGAUGCUAUAAUACAGAGCGACAGUUAGUGCAUUCAUCUUAAGAUAGCUUAGUGGGACAACCACAUCAGCAAAGUCAGUGCUAGUAGGAAAAAAAUAAAAAUAUGGACAGCCAAAACUUUGUUCAGUAUCAUAUUUACAUUGGAAAAGGGAGCUCUUCUGCUCUGUUUUAGUCUAAGCAAACUGUUAUGCUUGAACACAUGCCCUUCACAUUCACAAGCUUUUUAAAGCACCUGUAAUAUUGGCCAGUAAAAGUCACUUGGCAACAACUCUCUCAACACUUAUUUUUAUACAAAACUUUAAAACUUCAAGUUGCUUCCCCCAUUAGAAUGUGUUGUGCUGGUGGAAAGUUUGAGACCUAUAAAGAUUCGCCCUGCAUUUUCCUUAAAAGUUUGGUACUCUUAGUGUGAGUUGGCACUAGCAGUAAACAUGUCUGCGGCUAUCAAUGCAGCUGUCACAGUCCCCCAUUUAACUACAAUGCUAGGCUAGUUAGUUAAGUUAAGCAUUAUAAGUACGCUGUAGUGGGUAGCUAAACGUUUGUGCAUGCCUGUGUGACGGUCACCAUUGUAACUACAGUGCUAGCUUCUAGCGUGCUGUUUUGGCUCGCUAAACAUUAGGCGCUUGUGUCACUCAAUGCGGCACCUCCUCGAGGCUGGAGGGAAUUGAGAAAAACAUUAGGGUUGGAAUCUCAUUGACUUCCUCUCUCCAGCACAGGAGGUUGGUGGCACCUUAAUUGGGGAGGACGGGCUCGUGGUAAUGGCUGGAGCGGAAUCGGUGGAAUGGUAUCAAAUACAUCAAACGCAUGGUUUCCAUGGUGUUCGUUGCCAUUCCAUUCACUCCGUCCCAGCCGUUAUUAUGAGCCGUCCUCCCCUCAGCAGCCUCCACUGCUCUCCAAAGAUAUCUACCGUAGUUCUAUUGGACCCAAAAACAAUGACAAUAGGAUCAGCAGAUAUAGAUGACGUGUCCACUAUAGAAUGUCUCUAUGGUCCGGUUCAGCUUGUGGAGAUAAUGCACUAUGUUGCAUCGGUUGGGCCCAAACAACUUCAUCAGUUUCUACCGUUUACCAACUCAACUUUAAGGUCCUUUCCCUUUGCCGACAAAGUUGUAUAGGUCUCUGGCUUUGUUAAGACUGCCAUCUAAAAUCAAAAGCAUACCAAUUGAUCAAGCUACUUAUUAUUGUUUAAUCUACUCUGUAUGUUCCAUAAUGCAGAACUAUGUGCCAAUUUCAACAUUGAAAACUCCCUUUCGCUCCCUGUCUUCCACAGAUGGAAUCGAGCAGUGCAGCCAAGACGAAGAACGACAAGGCGUGGAGGAACGUGUCUGAGGAGAUCAAGAGGAUCUUCCGUAGGUCUGUCCUGCAGCUUCAGGAGAAGGGCACCAUGAAGCCUCCUCAAGCCAAGAAAUUUCUCUGCUCUGGUAUGAAGGCUACUCCUGUCUCCUUCUUCUUCUUCUUCUUCUUCUUCUUCUUCUUCUUCUUCUUCUUCUUCUUCUUCUUCUUCUUCUUCUUCUUCUUCUUCUUCUUCUUCUAUGGUGUUGCACCAUGA